UGAAGGUUAGAGCUCAGCUUUGAAGUUUCAAUUCACGAGCCUGGCUCAGUGAGGAAAUUAUGACGUGUGUUCUGGGCAGGGUUUGAGGUUUCGGAACCUUUUCUAAAAGGGACAGAGAGCACCCUGCUACAUUUCCUAAUCAAGAAGUUGGUGUGCAGCCGGGAAAGCUGAACGGAGUUGGUCAUGAUGCAGAAGCUAUUCAAAUGCAGUCGGCUCGUCCUGGCUCUUGCCCUCAUCCUGGUUCUGGAAUCCUCAGUUCAAGGUUACCCUAUGCAGAGAGCCAGGUACCAGUGGGUGCGCUGCAGUCCCGACAGUAAUUCUGCAAACUGCAUUGAAGAGAAAGGACCAAUGUUCGACCUACUUCCAAGUGAAUCGAACAACAUCCCUCAUCUGAGGACUGACCCUUUUCCAAAGACAAGAUUCCAGGACUUGAAUCGGAUCUUCCCGCUUUCUGAGGACAAUUCUGGAUCAGGCUCCGGCUCCGGGUCGGGAUCCGGGUCAGGGUCCGGGAACGACUUCCUAACUGAAAUGGAACAGGAGUACCAACUAGUACAUGAACGUGAUGCUUUCCAUGACAACCUUAUGUCUCUGGACAGGAAUCUGCCCUCAGACAGCCAGGACUUGGGUCAACUUGGAUCAGAAGAGGAUUUUACAAUAUAAAAGAGAAUUUUCCCACCUUGACACCAGGCAGUGUAUUCAGCAUAUUUUGUGUACCAUGGUUAAUGAUUGCCAUUAAAUGGUUAAUCUUGGGACAAAAAAUUUUAUAGAAGUUUUUAAACAUCUGUAAAAGAAGCUUAAGUUUUAUCAUCCUUUUUUUCUCAUGAAUUCUUAAAGGAUUAUGCCUUAAUGCUGUUAUCUAACUCAUUGUUCUUGAAAAUACCUGCAUUUUUUGGUAUCAUAUUGAACCAACAUCAUCAUGAAAUUAGAUUUCCAUGGCCAUAAAAUGGCAUUAAAAAUAAAUUAUAUUUUAAAAAAUAGUUUGAUUAGCAAAUUGGCAGGCAGUAUUUCAUACUUAAGAAUCUGACUUGGAUUGUGAAUUAUAGAUAUGCCCUUUACUGAUAAAAACAAAUUAAAAAACAUAAUGAAACACAGUGAAUUUGUACAGUGGGGGUGUUUGACAGAUUUUACAGUGUGAAGUAUACUAUUACUUUUGAAUGUGUUUGCAGAGCUGGUGGACAUGUUUAUCUACAAGUAUGAUUGCUGUUAUGUAACACCCAAAACUAACUCCCAAAUUAAAGCACAGUUGUGCUCUCAAUACCUCAUAGUGCUUUAUCUUUUUUUCCUGGAUAUCUGUGUAUUUUCAGAUGUUGCUAUAUUAAAGCAGAUAUAUAACCAAA